GUCUAUGUGACUACUAGCCACACACUUUUCCUGUGGGGGCUAAAGGGGAGUUAACUUCUACAGGAACCAAGAUUCCAGGGGACAUGAGGGAACACCUACUGUGCCAUGGAAGGGUCUGUUCCUGUUGGUGUCAUGCAUGUUCCUGUGGGUAUAUGUGACUGCCACACGAUAUGACCGGAAAUCCAAUGAAGAGAUCUAUGACAAUCUGCUUUCCUCUUCUCGUCACAUCCAUAGAGUUGCCAAAAAAAUGUAUAAAAUCUUAGACUCAAAGUUAACUGAGGGAGUAUGUUUUAGGAAUAAAAACACCAAGAUGUGCCAAACCAUUUCUACACAUUCUGUAAAAAAGAAUGAAGACCUUCUGAAAGUCAUCAUCAAUGUUUCAAAUUUCUGGACAUAUCCACUGAAAAUGCUCAUACCUGCAGUGUUGACUCAUCUAGAUUCUGAUGAUGGGAUGAUGACAAGAGCUGUAGAGCUUAACUAUGGAAAUAAAGUCGUUCUGGAGGGAGCAAAAGCUUUACUUAGUAGGAUUCAGCCUGGAAUUGAAGAAAAUAACGAGCCUGACAGGUGGUCAGACCUAAGAGAAUUGAGGUCCUCCAAAAAAAGCAAGCACCUUCUUGCAUUUUGUAAAUUCUUCUACUGUCUACGCAAGGAUACAAAAAUGGUUACAUGUUAUCUCAGGGCUCUGAAGCAUGGCAAAAUCAAAACCAUUUGCUAAAAGUGCAAAGUCCUUAUUAGUGGUAUUUGCUACUAAGAUGGCCCACAAUGAAUGAACCAGCUCUUCAGUUCUUUAAUCUUUUUUAUAUCUUACAUUAUUUUUUAUAAAAUAAAAAUCUGAUUGCUUAGAAAUUCUAA